AUGUCCCUGCCUGUGGUGCUCCCGGGAUCGUGCUGCCCCGUGGCUGGGCUUUCUGGCGGGCCCCAGACUGGGGGCCCGGGCGCCGCGGCCGCCGCCGCCCAGGAACCGCCGCUGCCCCCGCUGCGGCCGCGCUGGCCCCGGGGCGCGUUGCAGCCCCCGGCGCGGCCUCGCUGCGCGGCCCCUGCCGCCGCCGCCGGGGUGCUGGCCGCGCCGUCCGCGCUCUCCUCCCGCCGAGCAGCCGCCGCCGCCGCAGCCGCGGCCCCGGGCUCCGCGCUGCUGCCUGCCCGCCCGCUGCUGUCGCUCGGGCUGCUGCAGCUGAUCCUGGGCUGCUGCAUGGUAGCGCUCAGCUUCGGGGCGCUGUCGCUGAGCAGCUCCCCGCAGGUGAAGAACUCUUGUCCGUUCUGGGCCGGCUCCUCGGUGAUACUUUCUGGAAUCAUAGGAUUAACAACUUGGAAAAGGCCUAUGAUACUCCUGGUAAACCUCUUUGUGCUGCUCUCUGUGGUUUGUGUCCUCCUAAAUCUUGCUGGAUUUAUCCUAGGCUGCCAAGGGGCCCAGUUUGUGUCCAGUGUGCCCAGGUGUGAUCUGGUGGAUUUAGGUGAAGGCAAGAUUUGUUUCUGUUGUGAAGAAUUUCAACCAGCCAAAUGUACAGACAAAGAAAACGCCUUGAAACUCUUUCCAGUGCAGCCGUGUAGUGCUGUGCAUCUGCUACUUAAGAAAGUCCUCUUCGCCCUCUGUGCCUUGAACGCCCUGACCACCACCGUCUGCUUGGUGGCUGCCGCCCUGCGCUACCUGCAGAUAUUUGCAACCAGAAGAUCCUGCGUCGAUGAAUCCCAGAUUUCCGUUGAAGAAGUGGAAGAACAUGGCCGUAUCCCAGACCCGGAUGACUUCGUGCCUCCUGUGCCUCCCCCUUCCUACUUUGCCACAUUUUACUCGUGCACACCCCGGAUGAACCGCAGGACGGUUGGUCCUGAUGUCAUUCCACUGCCACAUAUCUACGGAGCGCGCAUCAAAGGCGUGGAAGUGUUCUGUCCUCUGGACCCCCCGCCGCCGUACGAAGCCGUGGUGAGCCAGACGCACCGGGAGCAGGGAUCUUCAUUCCAAAUGCCAGAAGGGUCAGAAGCUGCUGCGAGCCCACUGGAACCAGUCUGCACACAAGCGACUCAAGGUGGGGACAUUCCUAACACACCUGGAGAAGAAAGCACAUCCAUUUCAACGCCCAGCUCAACGCUGGUGCAGCCGGUGAGAAGCCGGAGAGCCCUCCCGGCCCUGAGGACAAGAUCAAAGAGCGACCCUGUGCUCCAUCAUUCCGAGGACAGAGCUGCCCCGGUGCUCAGCUGUGAAGCUGCGACUCAGACUGAAAGGAGACUGGAUCUGGCUGCGGUGACUUUGAGGAGAGGCUUGAGAUCGAGAGCUUCACGAUGCAGGCCACGGUCGCUAAUAGAUUACAAAUCUUACAUAGACACCAAGCUGCUAGUGGCGAGGUUCCUGGAGCAGUCUUCAUGCAGUAUGACCCCAGACAUCCAUGAACUUGUAGAAAACAUUAAAUCUGUUUUGAAGUCUGAUGAGGAGCACAUGGAGGAAGCCAUCACCAGUGCCAGUUUCCUGGAACAGAUCAUGGCCCCGUUGCAGCCCGGCACUUCCCGGGUCCACGCGCUGCCCUCACGGAGACGGCCUGGCCUGCUGCACCUUCGGAGCUGCGGCGACCUGAGCACCUUCGCCCCGGCGGGGAGGCCACAGGCCCAGAGGAGGCCCCGGCGAGCGGAGGCUGAGCGGCCACACAGCCUCAUCGGGGUCAUCCGAGAGACCGUCCUGUGAGGCCUGGAAGGCGGACGGAAGGCCACUCCUGGGGGAGGAUCCCCCUCCUCCCUGCACCGUUUCCGGGCUGGGAG